AUCUCAUCCACUUAGAUUGUCACCAACGUACCGAUAAGCAUCAACAUGAUAAGAACAUUUCUUAUUUUACUUUGUCUCAUUGAGAGUUCCAUCAUCAACGCACUUCCAUUUAAGAAUACAAAGAAAUAUGACUUCCUAAAAAGAAAAACAAGAAGUACAAAUGGCGAUAUAGGAUGUAUGCAUAUGGCUGCAGAACCCGGAGAUUACAAAUUCACAUCCGACGGAAGUGGUUCAGUAUGCGGUCUGUAUUUUAUUAGUCCACCAGAAGACGUCAUUGAACUACAAUUUUUAGAUUUUGAUAUAAGCUGUGAAUCAGGAUUAUUAGCAUUAGUAGAUGGUUGGGAGAUGAAUGAAGAAUUUUUUCCAAGCCCAGAAGAUCAUGAAUUAACUUUAGAAGAACGUUAUCAGACAUUCUGUAAUCUUAGAAAACCGUCCAAAACGAUUGUGGUUUCACAAAAUGUUGCCUUAAUACAACACCUUAUAACCGAAGCAGGACAAGGAUUUAGAGUUCGAGUUAGAUUUGUUAAAUCGCCACAACCUUGCAACGUGGUAUCAUCAACGGAGACAGGGAUCCACACACUGAAGAACUUUGGUUCAAGACGAAACUGUUCUGUAUCCAUUAUUUAUCCAGAAACUGUCAAGCUAGACUCUGUGGAUGUUGGCGUGACACCUAAACAUGCUCUCAUGGAAGCAGACUUCGGAAUAACUAACAAAUGCAUGACUUCCAAUGGUGUUGAUUUCGUUGAGGUUAUGGGAGGGAACAGCUUUGAACUGAACAAAUCAAACGACAGGAAAGGAAUCGUAUGUGGAAUGAAGUCAAACACAGGACCACUGGAAACAAUCGUUGCAUGCCAGAACACUGUUAUCAGAUUAGUAUCAAGUGGAAACUUCUACAACACAGUAACCUUCUCCUACCGACCACCACACGGUGACGAAUUUGCAAGGAGCAAUACUGCUUGCUGAAAAAAAUGAUCAUCGUGGCACAUGUAUGUUGGCGAAACUUUACUUGCUACAUCUAGCAUGACUGUAAAGAUGACAAUCAUUUUGUUUAGGAAAUGACUAAUGAUAUUGAUAAAAAUGAAAUUGCAAAUGUGUAAUAAGAUGCAACUGUAAAUAUUAAACUGAUUUAGAAUAAUAUCAAAUGUUCGUGUAAUAUUUAAACUUACAAUAAAAUAAAAUUUUGUCCCCAAUUUAAUAUUUGUAUACAUUUGUCAUGCUUGACUUAAAAUAUAUUGAAAUUAAAAAUAAAUUUCUUCACGUGA